GCCUCCCUUCCCCCCCGGGCUGGCGCCAUGCGGGGGGGCCCGGGCGAUGCCGAGCGGCGGCAGCGCUGGGGGCGCCUCUUCGAGGAGCUGGACAGUAACAAGGAUGGUCGCGUGGACGUGCAUGAGUUGCGCCGGGGACUGGCCCGGCUGGGCGGGGGCGACCCGGACAGCAUUGCCCAACAGGGUAUCUCCCCUGAGGCCGAUGCUGACCCAGAUGGAGGGCUCGACCUGGAGGAGUUUACACGCUACCUGCAGGAGCGGGAACGGCGCCUGCUGCUCAUGUUCCACAGCCUCGACCGGAACCAGGACGGUCAUAUCGAUGUCUCUGAGAUCCAGCAGAGCUUCCGGGCUCUGGGCAUUUCCAUCUCGCUGGAGCAGGCAGAGAAAAUUCUGCACAGCAUGGACCGAGACGGCACGAUGACCAUCGAUUGGCAGGAAUGGCGUGACCACUUCCUAUUGCACUCGCUAGAGAACGUGGAGGACGUGGUCUAUUUCUGGAAGCAUUCCACGGUCCUAGACAUUGGUGAGUGCCUGACCGUGCCCGACGAGUUCUCGGAGCAGGAAAAACAGACUGGCAUGUGGUGGAAGCAGCUGGUGGCUGGCGCAGUGGCGGGCGCCGUGUCUCGGACCGGCACAGCCCCCCUGGACCGCCUCAAGGUCUUCAUGCAGGUCCACGCCUCCAAGACCAACCGCCUGGACAUCCUGGGGGGCCUGAGGAGCAUGGUCCGCGAGGGAGGCGUCUGCUCCCUGUGGCGGGGCAACGGCAUUAAUGUCCUCAAGAUCGCACCAGAGUCGGCGAUCAAGUUCAUGGCCUAUGAGCAGAUCAAGCGGGCCAUCCGGGGGCAGCAGGAGACACUACAUGUGCAGGAGCGCUUCGUGGCUGGCUCCCUGGCUGGCGCCACAGCCCAAACCAUCAUUUACCCCAUGGAGGUGCUGAAGACGCGGCUGACCCUGCGCCGGACGGGCCAAUACAGGGGGCUGCGGGACUGUGCUCGGCAGAUCCUGGAGCAGGAGGGGCCCCGUGCCUUCUACCGCGGCUACCUGCCCAACAUGCUGGGCAUCGUCCCCUACGCGGGCAUCGACCUGGCCGUCUACGAGACCCUGAAGAACCGGUGGCUUCAGCAGUACAGCCACGACUCGGCAGACCCAGGCAUCCUUGUGCUCCUGGCCUGUGGCACCAUCUCCUCCACCUGCGGCCAGAUAGCCAGUUACCCCCUGGCCCUGGUCCGGACCCGGAUGCAGGCCCAAGCCUCCAUUGAGGGCGCCCCCCAGCUCUCCAUGCUGGGCCUGCUUCGUCACAUCCUAUACCAGGAGGGCGUGCGGGGCCUCUAUCGGGGCAUCGCCCCCAACUUCAUGAAGGUUAUCCCGGCGGUGAGCAUCUCCUAUGUGGUCUACGAGAACAUGAAGCAGGCCCUGGGGGUAACGUCCAGGUGAGGGACCUGGAGCCUGCCCCCCCAGAUCCCUUACCCCGAGUAUGACGUCUCCCACACCUCAGCCACUAAAGACUGUGAGCCCAACCACUGGAUCCCAGAUCCCCCUACCCACCCAGACCACUGGGUCUCCACACUUCUGUCACUGCAUCCCGGUCCCCGAAUCCUGGAUGCUGGGCUCCUCUGCUCUUCCGCUGGGCCCCAGGACCCCCACACCCCAACCACUGGGUCCCACUACCCCAGCUCUGGACCCUGAUCCUUAUCCUCCAACCGUGGAAUCCACACUUGAGCCACUCGUGUCUGAUGUCCUAACUGCCAGAUCGGAGGUCCUCCACGCCUUGGCCUUUUAAUCCUGAGCCCCACAACCACUGAAUCUUGCUCCCUACUUCGCAGCUACUAGGUCCUACCCUCCCCUGCCCCACCUCCUAGACCCUGGAUCGCCGUGUCCUAACCACUGGGUUCCCCACAGCUCAGCUGACGGAUCCUGAUACCCCAACCACAGGAGCACAUAUCCCUGAACCCCAACACCCAUACCCCAGCUCCACAUCCAGUGUCCCCAUGCCAUACUGGGUCCUAGAUCCCCAGCCCGACCAUCGAACCCCAGAUUCCCAUGCUUCAAGCCCGGGAUCUCCAGGCUCAGCCACUGGAUUCUGGAGAUCAGGAAACCUCAGUCACUGGGUCCUGACAAUGCAAUGCCUAUCCUGGGGCCCCAACCACUGGAUCCCCCCAUCCCAACCACUGGAUUCCUGAGUUCCUGUGUCUCGAUCACUGGAUCCCAGAUCCUCUGUUUGGACUGCCAGAUCCCUGCAUUUCAACCACUACCCCCUCAACCUCCAACCACUGGAUCCCAGAUCACCUACCCCAACCACUGGAUUCCUGAGCUCCUCUGCCUCAACUACUGGAUCCCUAUGUUUCAAGCACUAUACCCUCAGCCCCCAACCACUGGAUCCCAGAUUCCCCCCACAUCCCAUCCACCAGAUUCUUGAGUUUCUAUCCUUCAACCACUGGAUCCCGGGUCCCUAUGCUUGAACUGCCAGGUCCCUACAUUUCAGCCACUACAUGCUCAAACCCCAGCCUCUGGAUCCCAGAUCCCAAGCUCUGACCCACUGGAUUCUGGCUCCUAAAGCCACCGGCACCAGAACACAACAGCAACCAGGUCUGGGCACUGCCACUGCCGGGUCCCAGAUUCUGCAUCCCAGGUCUCUUGGCCCCACCGCUGGAACCUGAAACCUCAUCCAGAGAAGUCCAGCCCUGAUAUUUCCAGCGCCAGAUCAUAGCUCCUUGAUCUCUAGAUUCGGAUUUGAAUCACCCAGGCACUGGAUCUCGAACCUUCAGAUCCCAAGUCCUAUAUCCCAGGAGCCUGCUCACAGGGUCCUGGAUCCCACACAUCCCCAUCACCAACACACUCCACAGCCCAGAGUCCCUGCCCCAUGGCACAGAUCCUACAGUCGUGGGAGCUUACAGGGAAGUCCAGGUCCUGGUGGUCUCUCGGCUCCAGAAUACCCAUGGGGUUUGUCUGAUGGUCCUGACUCGGCCUGGGCCAGGCAGCAAGGGGUCGGGGUGCACCUCCUGCUCCCUGCAUGGAUGCUGAACCCUCCCCACACCCAACUCCCUUCUACCUCCUCAGCAUGGCCAAGCCUUGGGGGCCCUGCAGGGACCUGCUCCCUCAAAUCCCCCAACACUCUGCAGUGUCUUCCACCCCCUCCCCACCUUACAGACAAACACCCUCCCCCGGAGUUCUCGGGGGCUGGCAAGGGGGCAUCCUGAGGUGGGGGGGCGCAAUUAAGGGGAAUCCCUCACCCUAGCACUGCGGCCCCUCUCCAGGCUCUCCCCCUCAGGCCUCAAAGGGAGUUGGAAGCCAGAAGCACUUCUACACAGACCACCCUUCCCCGAAUCCAAGUCUCCAAUUAUGCAAAAAAAAAAAACAAAGCCAAACCCAGGCAGGUCUAUUUUUCUACCAGAGAGAGAAGCAGAUCCCCCCCUCCCCACCAAACCCAAGCCCCUAGCCCACCUCUCUCUGUAUUCUGCACUUUGUAGUUGGAGUCUGAGCUUAGGAUAAUUGAGGGACCCCCUCCCUCCACUCUUUACUCUUUGGGGAGCCCUGCUGAGGGACUGCGACAGAGGAACUGGGGUGUUUGGGGGGCUGGAGGACCCCCCACGGCUUCUACCUCCCUUCACCCAUACCAUGUCCCACCUUCCUGCCCAUGUGUGUUAUUUCAAAGGAAAAGAAAAAGAAUA